GGAACAUUGUCAUGAAUGAAAAUGCUGAUGUGUGAAGGGAUUCUCCAUGUUCCAGAAAAUGAGACCUCAUAUGAGAUGUUUGAGAAAAAUGCACGAGAACUGAUAAGGGAAAUUCAAUUGGAAUGGUUUAUUGACCCCAAAAAGAAAUGGACCUUUUUGGGUUCUCUGUUUUUUUGCUGCACAGUAUUCACAACUGUUGGUUAUGGUCACACAUACCCACGUACCCGGCUUGGGAAAUACCUAUGUAUGCUGUAUGCUUUAUUUGGCAUACCUCUAAUGUUCUUGGUUCUUACUGACAUGGGUGAUGUUCUGGCAGCAACACUUUCUACAUCUUACAACAAAGUUAGACAAUUACUAUCAAAAAUAGUCACCAAGUGGUUCCCUGCAUCCCUUUGUAAGAAAAAGAAAGGAUCAAAACCAGCGGCAGUAUCUCUUAGACAAAGCAAAAUAGUCAUUUGUGAACCUUUAAAUGUUACACAAAUGUUAAGAAACCAGUCUUCCUUGAGAAGUAAGCCUGGGCAAUAUCGGAAUGCAGAAAUAUUUGAAAAACUAAUUGCCAGAGAAAUCCACUUCCUUGCCCCACCAAAACCUAUUGAACGAAGGAAUUCAUGUCCUCAGCUAGAUACAGGACAAAUGAUGGAUGAGGUGAUUGAAAAUAUUGACAACAUAGGGAAAGAAGUAGAAAAGCUGGAUGUGCCCUUUCCAUUGAUGACUCUCAUUGUUUUUGCGUAUAUUUCCUGUGUGGCUGCUGUUCUUCCACACUGGGAAAGUCACUUGGAUUUUCAGGAAGCUUUCUACUUCUGCUUCAUCACUUUAACAACCAUUGGCUUUGGUGACAUUGCACUGCAGCAUCCCAACGUGUUUUUGUUUUUCUCACUGUAUAUUGUGAUUGGCAUUGAAAUUGUCAUCAUUGCUUUCAAGCUGGGACAAGACAGGCUCCUUGGUCUGUACAAAAAGAUGAUCUUUGGUUUUAGACGGAAAACAGUAGCAUACAGAAUUGCAUGAAGAAAAUCCAUCUGGAAGUCACAUCAGUUUCAAAAUCAUGGUCAUGGUCAUUUGCAUCUACUUUAUUUGUUUAAUUUUUACACCAUUUCUCUUUGGCUAAGAGCUCAAAGUAGUUUACAGCAGUGAAUAAUGACAUCAAUUAAAAUGAUUAAAACAGGUACAUCAAUUAUAUCUUUUAAAAUAACUACAAAAGUAAUAAUAAAUAUCCAGGAACAUAAUACAAAUACCUAAAACCAAAGUAAUCCUCACUCUAAAACCAUAGGAAACCCUGCAAUAACAUCAAAAGUUAUC